AAAGGACAAUUCAUGAUGGCAAAGUGGUCGAGGGGAACAUCCGGCCAACAAACCACAAGUAUGACGUCACCGGUAGUAUCUCAGACAAAUCGACCUUGUUCCAUGUCGUUCUUCUACUAUUUCAACAGUGACGACAUAAGUUUGGCUGUGUAUGUACUAACUUUGAAUCUAGUUCAACAAAACAGGAUUUGGUACAAACCAGGCAAUGGAGCCACCAAUGGUUGGGAGUCGAGUGGUGUUUUAGAUCUUAGUCAGUUCUCUUCUGGGGGACGAUUCCAGGUCCAGAUUCGGGCACAAAUGAAACCAGGUUUUGCCUUUGGCAAGGUCGCUUCUGUUGAUGACGUACUUUUCUACGGAUGCGAUUGUUCUACUCCACCCUGCACAGUACCAGCAGUGAUCAACACGCCCUCCCCAAGCUCUUCAGUGUCCACGACAGUCACAUCUGCUGUGCCCGUAGUAUCAGAGCCAGAUUUAGGAUUGGGGGCUCCAUGUACAUUCGAUGGCUUUGAUUGUGGUUAUUCAGUGGCAUGGUCCAGUGCAAAUUACAAGUGGCAGAGGACCGGUGCUAAUAAAGGCAUGCCUAACUAUGACCACACAGUUGGGAGUGUUGUAGGAUCACAGGGCCAGUUUAUGUAUGCUUACUGGGCAAACGGCAUGCCAAACAGUGAAAGGACAACCAUUCAGUCACCGGCUAUAUCAGGAACCACUGGCCCAUGUUACAUGAAAUUCUACUAUUACUUCAAUAACGCCGACGGAGUUCAAUUGUCAGUAUCAUUAACAACAAUUCCGGUAGGACAGGUGUACCAAGUUUGGUCUUCUACCUCGACUCGUUUCGAUACGUGGAAAAGUUCUAAUGCGAUCGACAUUAGUCAAUAUUCCAGUUUAGGAGAUUUUACGGUAACAAUAGAAACGACAUUACCAGACGUAUUUUUACACGGAAAGGCUGUUUCAAUUGACGACAUUGUCUUUUUGGGAUGUCGGUGUAGUUCUCCAGUAUGUAUUGGGAAAGUGACACCUACAGUAGAUGUUCCAACUACCACACCUAAGGAGACUCUGGUAAAAACCAAUUCAACACAAGUGGCUUCGCCCACAUUAACAAGCAGCGCAGACAAAACACAUCGCUCCACAAAGGCACCCGUUCACAUAGUCAUCAAACCAGGUGCUCGUAGGACUGAAGAAAAUGUGGGUCAGGCCCUGGACGUUCCUGUUCCUGCCAUAGUUGGAAUCGUAAUGGGCACUUUGCUAUUUGUGAUACUCGUUCUAGUAAUCGUGAUCAUCGUUAUUAGAAGUAGACUUGUGUUUUACAGCAAAGAAGAGCCAAUUGUGCAUUACAGCAAAGAGGGUGACGACUACGAAAAUAAUGGAAGGGUGUACGGUGGAUUAAAUGAACCUCACUUAAAUCUGCAAAUUGGCAAAGAUUAUGACCAAGAGAAUGGACACGCACCAAAGACCAUUGAAAACCAGUUGUAUUUUGAUGUAAAUCUUGCAGAUCAAUCAAUAUCGUGAAUGUAUAGGCCUACUUAAUUUAAUGCAUACUGUAGGAUACCUAUUUAAAGAAUUCGAUAAGAUAAAUUCGCCAUUUAGACAAAGAUAAGUAAACUUUGCCUUGUAUUUACUCAUAUUUUGUAUAAUUUGACCAAAACCGGGCCAAACAGUUUAAGUUUUAGCAAAAGAACAUGACUUGUUAAGAUAUUAUAGACUGUAUCACUAUUACAGCUCAGCAAUGCAAAUGUGCUAUACACGUUGCUUUUUUAAACCGUUAUAUGUGUAUAGCUGUUGCCCAGAAGACAACCUUGAAUGUUUUAGUCCCAGCAGUGCACUUGGCUGAGUGUAAUAGCUAUUUUCAAAUCACCAAUUGUUGGCUUGCAUCUCAGAAAGCAUUCUUGGAUUUGGAAUAACACGUUUCACUGGAAAUAUAUGCUAUAUCUGACAUUUGCAAAAGGGUGCUUACAUAAUUAGAGCAUAUAUCAAGUGACCAUAGAAAUAUGCCAUUGCUUUGGACAAGAGCAAAACUCAGUUAGGGUUACUUGAAAGAUUCAAAUAUAAUUCAGACGGAUCUGACCAAUAUAAGCCUGUCCUUAAUUCUGUGCUAUUGAGCUCUUUCGACUUGCAGGGAAAAUUGUCAGCGUGACACACAAUAUGUUAUAACCAGAAAUACCGAAUGCCGUACGAAGGGUUUUGAAGACUUUGAGAACAUCUCUCUACUAUAUUUGUAGAAGUUUUAACAAUCUGAACAAAUAAGAGAAUAAACUUUAUCACGUUAAAAUAUUUGAUGAUUGAUCACAGUUUGAAACGCCAGCUCCUGUACAAUUUAAGGAAUUCUAAUAAACACGUGAGGUCUAAAGUGG